ACACACCUCCUCCCUAAGUGACUCAGCUGGUGAGCAAGAAACCUCUGAACUGUUCAUUAAUACAGUCAGGUAGAGGUUGAGACUCCACUGAAUAAACUCCAGGUUCCCAUUCGUUUCAGCCAGAUCCUCCCAGGGAAUCACUACAGGCUGGAUAGCCAAAACGUCCUGGUUUUCUGCUUGAUAGAGGUCCUUACUGGAAGGCAGUAUGUCCAAUGUUACUUUGAGAAAAAUGUCUCCCACAGGAAAUGAGAUGAAGAGCAGCACUCAGGGAGCCACACGGAAGCAGCAGGAUUUUCACGAGGUGAACAAAAGAAGAACUUUCUUACAGGACAACAGUUGGAUAAAGAAACGUCCUGAAGAAGAAAUAGAUGAAAAUUAUGGUAGGGUGGUGCUCAGCCGACAUAAUUCCCAUGAUGCAUUGGACAGGAAAAUAAAUGAGAGAAAUAUGCCAAAAGCUGCAAUCAGUCGGUAUAGUUCUGAUGACACUUUAGACAGGAUCUCAGACAGAAAGGACGCUGCUAAAACAUUUAAGGCCAAUACCUUGGAUAACCAACUAACCAAUAGGAGCAUGUCCACGUUUAGAUCAUCGGGAGUAACAAAGUUGCAACCUGGCGGUUCGUUGAAUGCAAACACCUCCAACACCACAGCAUCCCCUUCUGCUACUACUCCUGUAAAGAAAAAAAGGCAGUCCUGGUUUCCACCGCCCCCUCCAGGUUACAAUGCCUCUUCAAGCACAGAAACCAGGAAACGGGAACCAGGUUUUCACCCUCCAAUACCUCCAAAGCCCAGUUCUCCUGUUUCUUCUCCUAACCAGCCAAGAGGGGAUAAUAGGCAGAUGUAUCCACCUAAACCAGGUGUAUAUACAGAAACCAAAAGAUCUGCUGAAGGACAUACCAGGAGUCAGGAUCUUGAGAACAUCCUCAAAGCAGCCACUUCACUUCAGAGAACUGACAAAGGUGAAGAAUUGGAUAAUCUCAUCAAAAUGAACAAAAGCUUGAAUAGGAAUCAAGGUCUUGAUGGUCUCUUCAGAACAAAUCCAAAGGUAGAUGAAAGAGAGAAAAGAGCCAAAAGCCUUGAAAGUCUCAUCUAUGUGAGUACCCGGACAGAUAAAGAUGGCAAAGGAACCCAAGGCCUUGGAAAUCCAAUUAAAGUCAAUCAAAAGACUGACAAAAAUGAGAAAGGAAGACAAGAUCUCGAAUCUGUUGUUAAAGUGAAUGCCAGGAUGGAUAAAACUAGCAGAAGAAGUGAAAACCUUGAUAAUGCUAUCAAAGUGAAUCCCAAAGGAAAUGAAAAUGCCACUGGAAAACAAGAUCUGGACUGGCUUAUUAAAGUGGAUCCUGAAACAAAUAAAAAUAUUAGGAGGGGCCAGAGCCUCGAUAAUCUCAUCAAACUGACUCCUGAAGUAAACAGAAGUAACCAAGGUUCCAAAGACCUUAAUAACGUCAUCAAAGUGAAUCCAGGAAGAGAAAAAAGUAUCCAAGGGGACCAGAGUCUCGGCAACCUCAUCAAAGUGGCUCCUGAAAGAAACAGAACUAAGCAAGGGAAUCAAGACUUGAACAAUCUUGUCAAAGUGAUCCCUUCAGCAAACAAAAGCAGUGAAAAAGGUCUUGAUGAACGUACUAAUGUCAGCCCCAGAGCUGUCAAAAACACUGAUGGAAAAAAAGCUCUUGAUAAACUCAUCACAGUGAAUCCUGAAAAUUUCACAAACAACCAAAGAAGCCAGGAUCUUGAUGACGUCAUCAAAGUAAACCCUGCAGUAAUCAGACACCAUCAGAGCCAAGACUUGGACAAUCUUAUUAAAGUGAAACCUUCAGCUCUCAGAAACAAUAAUCGAGACCAGGACUUGGAAAAUUUAAUUGAAGUAAGAUCUUGUGUAUCUGAAAAUAAGAAUGAAAGGCUAGAUGGCCAAGUCAAUGGGUUCACUAAUGCUCUACACAACCAGUCCACAAGAAUCCCUUCCUAUUCUUAUGAAGCCAGAAACAGUCUCAGCUCUAACACUGGACCCAAGCAGGAAGGACCAAAGGAUACUGUUGUGUACACAAGAACAUACGUGGAGAAUAGUAAAUCACCCAAGGAUAGCUAUCAGGAGAAUGUCUCUGGAAAAUACAUACAAACUGUUUAUUCAACUUCUGAUAGGUCUGUCAUUGAAAGAGAUAUGUGCACUUAUUGCCGAAAACCCUUGGGUGUGGAAACUAAAAUGAUUUUAGAUGAAUUACAGAUUUGCUGCCAUUCUACUUGCUUUAAAUGUGAAAUAUGCAAGCGGCCUUUGGAAAAUCUACAAGCGGGUGACAGUAUUUGGAUUUAUAGACAGACAAUACACUGUGAACCUUGCUACUCUAAAAUUAUGGCAAAGUGGAUUUCAUAACUCUGGCACAUGGAAAUCAAGAUGAAAAGUUCUCAUUAAGGAAUUAAAAGUUGCAAGUUUUAUCUUAAUAGUAUAUAAUCUAGAAAAGCUUUCACAUUGAAGAUCACCUCAUAUAAAAUUAACAAUUCUGCUAUUGUAUAAGUAAUCUAAUUAUUUUCAAUAAGAUCACACACAUAAAAAGAGGCAUCUGAUCUCUGGCUAGCAUUAGCAAUAAAAAUUUCAAAUGGCUCCAGUUACCAAUGUCAAAGGAAUGAUGCUUCUGAUAAGCAGAGAGCAUUAUCACUCCAGUCAGGUCCAUUCACACUCCGUAUGUUGGCUGUGAGUGGUGGUUUCCAUUAAAGCCAAGUUUCUCAUUUCCUCACCUUUAUUUCUCUAAGAAUUCAGGUUCAUAGACAUUGUUGACAUCCUGAAGAACUGACAAGGAAGCAAGAUAUGCUUCCUUCAUCUGUAAAACAAAUACUACCAGCAUUUUUUUCAUACAGUUUGACAGAAAAAUGUUAACAUAAAAAGGUUUUGGACCUUAAAAAUCACUAAACUUUCCAGAUCUCUGUGCUAUUAUUUGUAACAUAAAGGAGAUUGGAUAAAAUGAUGUCUAAGGUCCCUUUUGCUUCCCAAAUUCCCAAAUAAAGCAGGUUUUAGUUUGUGCUCUUUGGAAACAUAUAUACAUAUGUGUUUGUUAAGCCUAUUGAACUAGAUAAGACAUAACAACAAUUUAACUUUAGUGUCAUUGUUUAAUAUCAGACAAAGUGUUUGAACAUCAUUUUAAAAACAGAAACAGAUUUAUGGGUAAUAGAUAAAAUCAUAUGACAUGUAUACCUUACAUGUUAUCAUUUGUUAAAUUUUCUUUGUAUGCAUCUCAAAAAUCUGGGUAUACACAUAAUCUAUUAGAAGUAAUGGUUAUGGAUUAAAAAGAUAUGUUCUUUAGCAUGUUAUAUAUACUCAUAUUACAUAGCACUAUAUUUACAAAAGGCUUAUAAAAAUAAAAUGAACUAUCAGUUACAUAGAAUCUUUAUGUGAAGUGUUUGUAAAUAUAAUUCACUAACAUUGAUUUUGUCAAUUAUAGUGAUCAUAAUCUAUUAUAUUCUGUUGCACUGUGUAACAUUUUUAACUGCUCAAGCUAUAGAUUUUAUUUUUAAGGAACUUUGCUGAAGAAAUUGAACAUGUAAUAAUUAUGUGAGGAACUAGUAUUAUUAACAGUGAGAAACUGAACUUCUAAACUAUUUUAUGUGCAGAUAGAAAUUGUUUCUAGAAAAAAGAUGUGUGGAACAUUAAAGUGGAGGCGGAAUUCUAGAGAAGUUUUAAGGCAGUUGUGGAAAACAGCUAGAAACUAGGGAGAUUAAAAGAUUAUCAUGUGUUUUCCAAAUGUUAAUACAAUCAAAGGAUUAUUCUCCUGUGUAGUAAUUUCAUGCAUCUGUUCCUCUUACAGCCUGGUUCACAAAGUGUUAAACACAAAAUGCUUAUCAAAAUACAGCAAUGUAUAAUUGUUGUCCUGUGAAGAGGGAGCCAGGAAAAAUAAUUAAUAAUGAUUUUAUAUUCAUUAAUUCAUGCUUGAUGAGAAGCAGUGGUAAUUGAGCCACAUGUUUUAUUGUUCUUUUAUUACAUGCUAUCAGAGUGAUCAAAAGAAAUAAUUUUCUCAGAGUUGAAAUUGGCUGCAGAAAAGGAUGGAUGAAAUAGUAUCCCUCCCUUUCAUAUAAAGUAUAUUAACAUCUCAAUGCUUUUGUAGUAAUUAAAAUCAUCUGAAUAUCAUUUUAAAAGCAUAAAAACCUAAAAGGAACACACAUCUCAUUUCUCUAUAGCUGUUUAAUGAUUCUUGUCUCCUACAAUAAUGUAGUAAAUCAAACCAAAAGCUGUUGUAAAGAUGGAAUGGACGUGAAGUGGAGAAAGAAGGGCUUCUGAUUCAUCAAGAUCCUUCAUUAUGUCUGAUUCAUCAAGAUCACUUCAUUAAGUCUGGGUUUAUUCUCACUCUAGGAGUGACAGACUCCUGAAACAACUGACAAGAUCUCAUUUUUUGCAGGCUAUUAUGUUAUGAUUGGCACACUUUUCCUGGGCACAAUUGCCUAAAUCUAGGGAUACCAGGUCCUGAAUUCUAUCAUCAAUAAAAAGAUGUCUCUGAAAGAGAAUGAAUACCUUCAUCAUGACAAUAUCCUUCUUAAAAAAAAGUCAAAGAUGUAUAAUAAUCUCAGAAAUAGUAUAGUAUAAAAUUAUAUUCUCUCUUUUAAUAAGGCUAAGAAAUAAGAUUUUAUUCCAAGAAGUUAUAUAUAUAUCUUAAUGGUUUGAUUGCAGUCACUCAAUUUAUUAUAUAUGAGUGAUGAGAUGGUCCAGCUCUCACUAUUGUGUAUUCCCUGACUUGUUUACUGUGAUAGAAAAUUGUGAGCAUUUGGAACAUUCAGCCUGAUAAAGAGCUCUACCAAAACAAGUGACUGUUGGGUCUACAACAUGGCAAACUAACAAGGAUGUUGAUUUUUUUUGUACUACUGAAUUUGCUGAUUAUUUUGAUAAAAUGUAAAUAAAUUGCUGUUAAACUUA